GCGGAUGUUGGGUGUGACGUCACGAUGUCUGCAGCUUCUCCGCGUUUGCUUUGUGAGCAGCGGCGCUGACGCUGAGAUGUUUUGGGCGGACUAGUGAGCUCAGGCUUUCAUUUGACUGAGAUCCAGGAGAGCCAUGCAGACUCCAUCUUUGACCCGGACAGACUCCAACCCUGCCUCCACUUCGGCCUCAGAGCAGACCGUCCACAUGGUGCCUCAGCCAGAGCAGCAGGAACCUGAGGGACAGGCUAGGAGCAACCCGGCAGCUGCUCCUGCAGAAACCCAGACACUACAGAGCAACCCACCCACCCAAACUGGAGCUCACAUACCUGCAAAUGUGGCUGCCAUGCCAACAGCAGAGGCUGAAGAUGAUCCACAGAGAAAGACUGAUGGAGACUCUCCUCCAUCUGUUAGCAGCAGUGGACAAAAAGCAAAGGAGCAGGACCGCAAGACAUAUGUCCCUUCCAAGAAAGCCAUGGUAGAUCCUUUAAAGAUGGACAUGACCAAAUCUCUGGUUGAGCCGGUCCCCUCCUCUCAGCUCUCUCUGCACUGCGUCGAAUGCCACAUCAUCUUCAGCGAUCACAAGAGCAAAGACCGACACGAGAAGCUGAAACAUCCGAUAGAAUACGAAAAGCGCAUUUUGAAAAACGCCCUUUUUGCAUGUUACGUGUGUGACCGCCACUUUACAAACUCCACGGAUCUCAUGACCCACCAGAGGGCCCACACUGAUAAGAAACCCUUCAAGUGUCCAGUCUGCGAACAGGCCUUCAAGAGGUCGUCCGAGCUCACCACUCAUAAAAAGACUCACUUCGGCCUGUUUGGGUACACCUGCACGGAGUGCGGCAAACCCUGCAAAACGCUGACGUUGCUGAAGUAUCACCAGCGCACGCACACAGGAGAGAUGCCAUACGUCUGCAAAGAGUGUGGAAAGAGGUUCAACAUGCCCAAAGCUUUGCACAAGCACAUGGUCUCCCACACUGCAGAGGGAGCUGAAGAAGACAAAAACAAAGAACUUGCAAAGAAAAGCGAAGGGCCUCCUCCUGUCAAAUUCCACUGCUCCAUGUGCAAGGCCACUUUCAAGAACACCAAAACUCAACAGCGGCACAUGAAAAUCAAGCACAACAUCUUCCCAUCAGGGGAAAGCACACCCAUAAUAACCCCUAUAUCCAUUUCGCAGCCCACCCGGUUACAGUUGGAGGCUGCCGGACCUCUGCAAAGGGUUGAUGCCAACAUCGACACGGCGCAAAUACGCAAAUUAAUAGAAUCCCUGGGCAACGUGAAGAAAGUAAACCAUGUCGUUCUUUUGGGUCAAGUGCCCGCUUUGGCUCCACCACUGGAAUCACAAGCAGUGUCCCAGCCAGCAGGACCCCAGCCAGCGGGGCCUCUGGUUGCCGGUGUAAGUCCUCCGCAGAUCGAUUUUGGAGGACUGAAACCACCCGAAUCCAAGACAACUGAACUAAACGCUUCCAAUGUCCCGUGUGGUUUAAUGGAGCAAACGAUCAUUCUGGAACCCAUCACUCCUGAUGGACAAAACCCCGCCCUCUCAGAGAUGGGAUCAGGUGAAGCUGCACGGACUGAACAACCUGUGGGAGAGGUGGUUCUGAAGCCCCAGACCAGUGAACUUCUCUUGAAUAACAUGAUUUGUCCGAACCAAGAGAUUGAUCUUGAGCAAACAUUCAUAUUAGAACUCACCCCAGCUUUGAUACCAACUUCAGAACUGGAGCAGUUCCAGACCGCACCACAGAACGAAGCUCCGUCCUCCUCUCAGGUGCUGAACACCAACCAUGAAGCUGGAGAUCAAACUACCGAAAACACUGCCAUCAAUGAGCAAGACACUGGCCUGACGGCACCGCCUCUCGUCUCCACAGUCCAGAUUGAUAUAACGCCUCCUUUCUCAGGAGAUCCAGAGCAAAAAGAACCUCCCCCCUGCUCUUUGGAUUCACUUGACAAACUCACAAAAACUCCACCUGAGACUGAGGUUGACCCCAAGGAAAAUGAUGACACGUGUAUGAAGACGACAGGUCAAGACCAGGUGAGUGAGGGCAAAGUAAAGACUCAGGAACUCAACAUAGAGGAUUCAUCUGAGAAAUCAGGAAUGGAAGGUGAGAAUCCGUCAGAAGCCGAGCCAUCUUCUAAAGCGGAGGUCCCGUCUGACGUGCAGUCAAAGCAGGUUCCUCAGACCUCAGAACUGGCUAUGAAUGUCAUGUCUGCUCAGGAGCUGGUGAAAGUGCGCAAAAGAAAGCCAGCCAGAACAUUUUUCUUUCCAGGAUACAUGCAAGAUCUGGCCGGGUCCAUUUACAAGGAUGACUUCCUGAUAGACGCUAAACCAGCCAAACGCCAAAGAACAAAAAAGUCUCACAUCGUCGUGAAAUUUAGUUCUCAGAGCAAAGACAAGAAAAGCAAGAAACAAAAGCAGCAACCACAGCAGCAGCCACCGCCGCCAAAGCCAGAAGAUCUGGCUAAAAGCAAAUCUCCUGCUAAAAGAACACCUGAAAAAAAGACAUCCUCCUCACCAAAAGGAGGGAAGGGAAAAAAGGAUGCCGCAGCGGGGGGCGGAGCUUCAGGAGCCAUCACAAAGUCCCCUCCAACCACAGUCGCACAGGGAAAACAAAUAAAAGAAAACAUGGGUAAAACAAAACUAAAAAAGAAAAAAGUGGCAAAGGAAGAUGUUGCACAAACGAGUGAGCAGAAUGCAGCGGCUGCACCAGUGUUUAAAAAGAAAAAACAACCAAAAGUUAGACAAGAAGUUUCACCCAAGAGUGCAAAAACUGACAAACCUAAGAAAAAAGCACCCAGCAAAAAAGUCAAAAAGCCAGAAGAGCCGGAUUUGAACGCUCUGCUUUUACUGAAAGGCCAUAAGCAGCCCCAGCUGAAAGUUUAUAAGCUGGACCCUUCUAAGGCGUCGAGUCAGCCUCAGGACGCCUCAGUGUCCGACUCUGAGAAGAAAAAGGGAGCACGAUCUAAGAAGAACCAGAAAGCGCUAUCCCUGAUGUCUUCCUUAAAGUUGUCUCACCCGGCACCCGAUGCUCUGCCCACCAAACCGAAGCCCACCAGAAAACGCAAAGCCUCGUCGAAAGUAGAAACUGAAGGAGUCAUAACCUCCAAGCGUGCCUUAGAGUGCAAAGACUGCGGGGAGAGGUUCAGUGACGUCCCAUCCCUUCAAAAACACAAAACGGACGCUCACACGGUAGAGAGUCCAAGUCUCACCUACACCAAUGGCAACAUCUUUGAGGGUGUCUCCAGAUUGGAGUUUUACCCAUACCCUAAGGUGUAUGAUGCCGUCACUGUGGGGAAGAACGCCGUGGCUGGGUGGGACACUGAACCAGAGAUUGGAGAGAUGACAAUGGAGGACAGAGGACAGAAUGUUUCUUUCCCAUCUUUGAUUCCAUCCCCGUCUCUACCGGUUUCUCCUCCAUACGUUGACACAAGUGCCUGUGAGGGUGCAGGUAAAAGAGACGAGAACAAAGCUGCCUCUUCAAAUGUUUGUACUCAGCCCCGUGACCUAAAUGUGGACAAGGCUCGGACAGAUUCCACCUACUCCACUGAGACAAUACCCUCUGAGAGGAGGAGGCUUUUUUCACCAGAAUGUGCCUCCAAGAGCCCCAACUCCAAAUGUGAAUUCCAGGAAACCAAAGAGGAAGACUUUAAGGAAGAUCUACUUCUAGAGGUCGACUUGGUUACUGUUGGCGAACAGAAUGAAAGAGAUGGGAGUUCUUUGGAAGAAGACUCCCCAGCUCAACAGGAUUUGAAGAUGUGUGAUUCUGAAAGUGUUAAACACGCUGAACUUGUUUGUGAUGGAACGAGUGAAAAUCAGGUAACAUCACAAACUGGGUUUUGCUCAACUUAUCGAGUGAAAGAAGAAGAGCAAGAGAUGUUGGUGCAGAGGAGAAGAGAAGGGAAGCGGGGUGUUGUGAUGAGUAGAUGUAGAAGAGGGACAGAACAUGGAAGAGGAGAGGAGAUAAAGAUUGGAUCUGUCGGAGAGACUCCGACGGAAACUGAGAGUGAGCAGGACGAAUGUCAGGUAGUUUAUGAGAUACACCCCAUCUUCUCUGACCAGGAGUCUGACACAACGACCAGCCAUGGAUUCAGGACCAUAAGAACACCUGCUACUGGUCCGUCCAUGCCUCCUGGUCCCUCGACUUUUGGCAAAUCCUCUGAAGAACGUGUAGUGUUUGAGCUGGAGUCUCUCACCACUAGUGUUCAGGAAGUGAGAAAUGAACACGGGCGGGAGAAGAACAGAGAGGCCGACCAGUCCCCAGGUAUCAUGCUGGAGAGGUUCCUGACCUCCAGACAAAGAUCUGAAAAAGAGGCCUUCUGCAGAGCUGCAGCAACCAACCAAAGACAGGGUUUCAAUCUUGUUUCCGAGAAAGACGUACAUGUUGUUGGGAGCCAGGAGAUCAAAGUUGAAGAGAUCCCGCUGAACCCCACAUUGCUGCCUCCCACCUGUCGAAGCCGGCAGAGCGCUAGCGUCCAUCUGCAGCAUCAUCGAGACAUAAGGACCGUUCUGGUGAAAGAGGAGAGUGCCCCCAUGCCGAGCGAGGCUCAGGACACGCAAGGCACCAAACAGAUGCAGUGGGCUGUGGAGCCAAUCAGCAGCGAGAAGACUGAUGGGCCGUCAAUGGAGAAUGGGGAGAGCACAAAAAACACUGGUGUCAGUCCAGAGUUCAACACCAAGCAGUGCAUCUUCUAUCCAGUGAAGGAGGAGGAGCGGGAGCUUCUGCUGGGAUCUGCUCCGACCAACCACGAGAGCUUAAACCUGGAAGGGUUCACUGAUGAAAACCAAGUUGAGCAUCACGAGUGUGACGCAUAUGAAGGAAGACUUUCUGCAGCAGACUACCAGAAUGGAAGCCUGAUGUCAGAAGGAGGGGCUGCAGACUUUGCUGAUAGUCAAGCUUUCUCCGACUCAGAGUGGCAACCAUCAGACGUUCGGGACUUUCUUCUCCGGGGUUCUGAUGAUGAUGUGAGCGGUUAUGAACUGUCAGAUCCUCAGCGUGACACAGAAGCAGAAGUGAUGGCCUACUUUAACAGGAACCAACCCAGCAGCUCCCAUGAGCCCCAACACACACCAAGUAUUUCAACUUCAGCAAGUCAUCUUCAACCACAGAUGGAUGGAAACAGGACUAGAGAACCCAUCGAUUACUUUUCCAAAUAUUUUAGUUGGGAUACUUGGGAGGAAAUUGCAACUUGCACAAACAGACUGGUCCAAAUGUCAAAUCCGGUCACCUCCUUAGAAGUCUCGCGGUUCGUUGCCAUCCACAUCGCAAUGGGAACUUUGAAGUUUCCCAGUCCAAAGCUUUACUGGGAGGACUUGACGAAGGUGCCCCUGAUUGCGGACGCCAUGCCCCUGACUCGCUUCAUGGAGCUGUCGCAUACGUUGAAGCUGAGUUCUCCUGCUGAGGAUACAGUCACUCGUGUUGCAAACAGUCAGCAGCAGCCUGGUGACGGACAGUCUGAAGAGGACAAGCAGAGGGACUUGAACUGUUCACCAACACAGAUGGAUCCUCUGUGGAAGGUCCAGCCAAUCUUCUGCCGCUUCAACGCUGAGUGCCAGUCUUUGAGAAAGGAGGAGAAUUACGCCGUGGACCAGUAUCCGCUUCCUCUGACCUGCAAGACUCACGAAAGCGGCCCGUCUCUGCUCUGCACUGCCCUGAUUGGACUUGGUGGUUUACUCUUACGUGUGGAUCUCAAAGUAGAUCCGUCCGAUAAAGAAGAUGUUGUCGAAAAAAUGGCGCCCAAAAGUAGCAUGGUGUUUCUUUGCAAGCAGGAGCUUUCCACCCCAGCGAUGAUGGAACGCCUUUUGGAUGCCGGGGUUCACGCGGCGGGUAAGGUGGGAGGAGAGCGGGGGCAGAUCGGAGAUGAGUUUGUGAGCUCCAAUGGGAAGCUGAUGCUGCGCAGAUCCCACAGCGGCUUCAUACUUUCCACCGCGGGGAACAGUCAGCGGAGCAUGGCUUCCCUCACCAGCAGCUUCCAGAAGGCCCAGAUGUCGGCUCGGCUCAACAGAGAUUUGCUAAAGCUGUACGCUACGCCCCUCACUGCCACGCCUCCGAACAGCUGGCCCCAAGCCGUGCUCUGGUACCUCACCGAUUUAGCAUUGGUGAACUCCUGGCUUUUGUACAGAGAAGACCACCGGACAGCUGCUGGAGCUUUGACUUUCAUGGCCUUCAGGCUGGAGGUUUCCAAGGCGUUGACUCUUUCCAGAAGCUCAGACACUCAGGACUCCAUUCCUCCUCAGCCCCCGUCGGAGGAAAGCCACGGGACGAGUCAAACGCCCAGUCCCAUGCUGGUGGAGGACAGCUCUCUGCCCGACUCCGCCACUCGGUACGACGGCACAGGCCACUGGCCGGAGCAGCUUGCAGAGGGAGAAGGGGGUCGCUGUCGUUUUGGAGACUGUCAGAGGACGUCACGAGUAUUAUGUCUGAAGUGCUGCGUCUUUCUCUGCAUCUCCCGAAAUCACAACUGCUUUUUGAAUUUUCAUAACCAGGAGAAUUUGGGGAGAAAAUAGUUUUUACUACUGUGUGUGUACUUUAGUUUUUCUUACAUCUUGUUUUUAGAAUGUAAUGGUCUACAUCCAUCCUGAUUCUGCACAUCGUUUUUAUUGAUACCUUUUUAGUUUGUAGUGUCAUAACUGUGAUUUUAAUGUUGACCUUUUGUGAUUUUGUUUUUAACAAAACAAACCCUUUAUGAAAUGUCUUAACAGUGUUUUCUAUAAAAGAUGAAUGAAAAAUGAAACUACAGAGACUAUUGAGAUGUACUGUGAAUUACAAAUAAAAGGAUUGUUCAACCACACUGAUUUGUUUACACUCCAGCUAGUUCUUAGAUCCGUUUCACUGUUAUUUAUUUUGACUUCAUGAGACAAUAAAAGACUGUUAAAAACA